AUGUCUUCUGAUAGCAUUUUCUCAAGAAUAGAAAGCAUCCUGGGAAAAAUAGGUAUGUCCACUCUUUUUGAAACGUUCAAAAACGAGAAGAUAGACGAGAAGGUUGCAGUUUCGCUAAGUGAUAAUGAAUUAAUUCGCUUGGGAAUAACGACGAUUGGGGACAGAGUCCGGUUUCGUGAUUUGUGUCAAAGAGAAAUAAACACAUCGGACUCUGCCAGUACAUCGUCUUCGGCAUCUGAACAGUUGUCUUCUGUACCCAGGCAGACUCAGAGGGAACGUGCACACCUUUUCAACGUCAGGGGAAGUUUACGUGCAGGAGGAUCAAGGUUGACACCUGCCAGGAAAAAGGAAGGCAGGAAGAGGACAUGGACGGGCAAUUUUAUGUGCUUAGCAGACAGAUUGGCUAGCAGAGUUCCCUCUGCUGAUGAAAAGCAGAUUCUACAGAAAGCAGGCCUCGGAAUUAAAAAAAUCACUUUUGCUGCUGAUGAUGAUGAAAAAGCUGUGGUUGAAAAAAUUACAUGCAGUGACAAAGUUAAUAGUGAUACAGGUAAAACAUAGACCUUAUUCAUAAAUCGUGAUGAGGCCUCGUAUCCUAGGAAAUGGGGGAAAACGCGGGAAAAUUGACAAAAUGUUUUUUUUGCUGUCGGCUAUGGCAGCUUUCUUUCGUGAAUAUUACGGCUUUUUUCGAAAAAUAUAUUUAUAAAACUGAUCUUGAAAGUUGAAAAAAUACUUCUGAAAAAAUAUAACAUGAUAUUUAAAGCAAAAGAUGCUGGAGUCAAUCGAAAAAGGAAACCUUGACUUUGUAUUUAUAUUGCCAAGUUUGUAUGGCCAAAACUAACAACCAACAAGGCUACAAAACGUCUAUACAACACCAAAAUCGUAAGAAAUAUGAAACUAUUGUUGACGAAACAGGAUUACAACUCACUCAGGUAAUGUAGCCUUCAUUCUUUAAACUUGUAAGCUGCUUGCAGAAUGUUAUCGAGCCACAGCCAUAGUUCAUAUUUUUCCGUACGAAUCAAUAACAUUUGACGUUCGCUGUGAUUUGUGACCUGUUGUUUUCUUUCAUAUUACUGUCAAAUUUGAAAAAUUAUACUUUCAUUCCAUGGUUGUCUUGAUUUUUCACGGAAUAACCUUUAUAUUGACGAUAAAAUCUAGUAAAAUACUGUUUUUCGCUUCUGGAUAAACACCAUCGCUACGUUGUCAUUUUUUCCACACAAAAAUGGGAGAAAAACCGGUCGCUUUUAUAAUAUACGCGUUUACCGCUUUCGUUGUGGGCACAAAGUCUUAAAAUACACACAAAAAUCGUUAUAAAUCGCAAAAAGCAACAAGAAACAAGCCGUUAAAGUCGACACAAUAGCAUCUGAAUUUGGCUUGUCAAGCAGUUUUCGCUUGUUUUCCCGCGUUUUGUUCCCGUAUCCUAGGAUACGAGGCCUCGUCACGAUUUAUGAAUAAGGUCUAUACUGUAUUUUAAUAACGUGUUGUUGAAUCUAGCAGCACAGAAGAGAGAAUAUAUAGAAGCUUGACUUGGUUUUUCCUACAUUCAUCAUCAAAAUGCUGAUGCCAUGGUCCUAGACAGUGAACCUAUUAGAGGCAUUCACCCCCUGAUAAUAUUCAAAAUGGCAGACCUCUAGGAGGGAUGCCUCUCAUAAGCACACUGGUUAGGAUCAUGACGUGGCAGCGGUUACGCUUUACUUGCUGAGUUACAUUCUGUGUGCCUUUGUUCUGUGCUAGUAGUAUUGAAAUGAUUCACAAUGAUUUGUCAUCAAAAUGCACUCGCUAUGUCCCUAUAUGACACACUUACAAGAGGCAUUAAUCCCUCUGAACCUGACAGAUUUUUAGAUUUUGGGCCACAACAGUGGGUGCAUGGUGCCACUGAACAAGCUGUAGCAGGGCUGGGGCACAGUUGCUAAUGGGGGUAAGGGGGGGGGCCUUCCCCCAUAUUUAUUCCAAAAUCCUUGUUUUUGGUAAGCAGCAAUGCGCCCUACUUUAUUUGUUUACUCUGCCUAACACAGUCACCAGACAAUUUUACUUGGCAAGGAGAGAGUCUUGCAACUGUAAUGGGUUAAGGCGUAAAAAAAAACCUGUGGUUCCGGUUCCCAACCGACCCUAUUAUUUUUCGACGUGAUUGACUGUGUUAUUUUCUCUGGGUGGUUACGGCCUGCUCAUGCAGCGUGCCAAAAUGGCAACUGUUAUGACAAUAAUCGUUCAACUGUGUAAUCACAUUAACUGCAUCGGUGCCUCACCACACAACGUUCGCCGAGCUACUGGAAGACUACCAUAUGGCGCCGGUUUCCCACGAUUGAUUGUCAAAUCGAAACAGCACAGGAAGAAAAUUUGUGCUCAUCAUUAUUGCCAAUUGAAAAUGCGAAUUUGACACUACAAUCACUUGUCGCCUUCAAAAUAAAAUAUUUGAAAAUAUCUUGUGCGAUUAAACAGCAAGAAUCUACAAAUAACGUAGUAACGACACCCACGCGAAACGAACGAACUAUCCAAGACGAACUAUCCAACUUUGCGUAAACGCGUAUGUUACGCGAGUACAUAACGCGUCUUGUGUCCAUUUCCAUAGUUAAGAUGCGUAAACGGAACAACAACAAAUUGCCUAAAUUCGUCCUUAGGAAAUAUAUAUCUCUAGUGAGUUAAUCAUGUCGGGACUCUACUGAAAAUCGCCAUGAAAAAAACAGCCAAAACCAUAAAAAAAAAUAUUUAAAAAAAAAUUUCCGACCUACCAACCCUAAUUUUUUCACGAUAUGAAACUGGAACCACAGGUUUGUUUUUUUUUACGCCUAAUAUCAGAACAUAUGACAUACCGAACAAUUAUAUUGAUUGUGAAAAAUUAUAUUGAUUUCAAUUUUCAACUGCUGUUGUAACUUAAUGUAUACCAAACGAUACAUUACAGAUGAGACUGUUGGUUUCCCAAAGCUAAAGAAUUGUGGUGGUUUUGAGUUGAUGAACUGCAUUUCAAACUGUCGAAACCUAAACAUACUCGACUGCGAAUGGUCAGUAAAAAGCCUGAAAGCUAGUAUUGGAGGUCAAUCAAGAAUCUAUAUCAGGCCUAUUCAGAUCAACUUAAACACAAAUCCUGUAGUUGAAGACAAACCAUCUGAACUAGAAGAAAUGUGUAAAGUGUGCAGAAAGCAUGUGCUGGUUCGAAACAUGAGAACACACUCAACAUUUUGUGUUGAAGAAUUCUUGCAGGUAAGCUCUGAAGGUGAAGGAGAAACCACGGUAAAUGAAAGUCCAAGUAGUGAAUUGCAAAUUGAUUCUUCCACAACCCAAGCAGAGUUGGCAGGUGUACAUACUAUCCAAGCAGAGUUGGUAGAUGUAUCUACAGAAGAUUUGUUGCCAAAUGAAGCAAUUACACCCAUAGCUGAAAGUGGUGCACCAUCAUUUGAUAACAUUGCUGAAGCAGUUGCAAAACACUGCUCAGAGAAUGAGAUUGUGGAUUCAGUGGAGAUAUUAAGAUGUUUUCAGAAGGAAAUUGUCACAGGAAGAGAACUUGAUGUAAGUGAUCCCACUCAAGUUUGCGAAGGCUUGACUAAUUAUAUCUUGGUGGACAGAGCAAACAUUUUGUUAACAUCAUUGGAUGAAAUUAAGGAUAUCACAGACCUAAGACCAACAUUGCAAGUUGAAUUUUAUGGCGAGGUAAUAAGUAACUUUUUUUGUUUCAGUUUUUAUGUAAGGACUAAAGAUUUGCUUUACAGAUACCAAAGUGACACCAAAACUAAAAAUAGGUCACAUAGUACAAUUAUGUGGACGCCAUUAACGACACAAUGUAUCGUUUUUAGUGCAGAGUUUCUUUGAAACUGUGCACUAUUGUGAUAAGUGGCGAAAAUUCACAUCAGUCAUACAUCAGAUAUCAUAGAGUAAACUUUCCUGGGGGUGUAAACGAUUUAUCUUCGUGGUGAUUUAUUGUACUUAGCCAGUGCUUUGAAAGUUAUUUAGGCAAUUUCAGUUGUCUUAUUUCAAUACUUAUUUUGUCCUUUGCCAAGUUCACAAAAAUUUCCAGGAAUCGUCGUCGUUAUUGUAAAUUUUUGUCAAUUUUAUAACAUUUGCUUGUCCGUGUUGUGUAAAGGAUCUUUCCCCUGGAACACCAAUUUUUUCUUUAGCAGCGCAAAUGCGCAUGUGCUAUCAAGUCGUAGAUCACGAUGGCGUGACAAUGAUAGCAAGGAGCGACACUGCCAACAGUGUUGAUUUCAAAUUAUAGACAUUUUUAUAGACUUGAAUAUCGAGUAAAUCUUUGAGAAUCUACGCAAUAUAUAAAUUGAUGUUAUGGUAUUCAAUUAAGUACCAAUAUUACUUUGAUGGUAUAUUCAAUUUCAACAUACAAAGCUAGGAAGCAGCGAGACAGUGUUGUUUUGUUUUUUGAAAUAUAUGAACAUUUCAGGCAUGAAUAUUGAGAAAAUCUUUGAGAUUCUACGCAAUAUAUAAAUUGAUGUUUUGCAUUACGGGCAGUCAAUUAAGUGCCAAUAUUAAUUUGACGUAUAUUCAUUAUACAGAGCUAGGAAGUAGUGAGACACUGAGACUGUUGUUUUUAAAUGUAUAAAUAUUUCAGACAGACCCCAGUAAAUAUAGAGAAAAUCUUUGUUUACGUGUCUAGCACAACGCUAAUGGUGCAAACUCGUGUUCAGUGCAACGAGAACUCUACCAGAUAUUACGAGAAUCUAUCUGAAUCAAAGCUUGUCAAAAUUGGUAUAAACACUGAUAUAACCAUGCCUGUCAAAACAGGGUAUCCUAGGUAGUGGCGCUACCUGCAAGUGUCUGAAGCUAACUGCAAUCCUUGUCUGAACUCUGAAGUUUUUAUGCAUACUAACUAAAAAAAUACUUAAAAUUUUCCACAAACUAAUUGCAAAAGUUUUUUGGCUACCUGCAAAAAAACUAAAUAUACAGGCAUGGAUAUUAACUGUGAAACUAUUGAAAUCUAAAGUGACAUUAUUGAAUACAUGCGAAAAGCUGAAAAUGACUAACGAAACAACAAUGUGACCUUCGAAAUAAGUCAAAGGUCAAUGAACACGUCACAAUUAGGUUAAAAUGCGGAAGCGGAUCCACUGAACAGAUAUGGGGAUAAAAUGCGGAACGGUUAUAGAUAAAAUGCGUCAUUUUAAUGAGUUCUUUUUCUCCUCUUUUAUGUUUCUGUGUUUUUUUUCUAAUUGAAUACAACGUCGUAGUGCUUAUUAUUAAUAACAUAUCUUAUACAGCUAUUUCAAUUAAAUUUGUCACAGAGACAAUAGUCAAAUGUACAAUAUGGGCGCUAAAAGGAUGAUGGGAAUAAUCAUAGAUUUACAUAAGUCAUCUAGGUUGUCGGCCCCCCUAUAUAGUGUCGUUUUCAAUUUGAAACUUUACAACAUUAUAACAGAAAUUAUGCCUUGUCACUAAUAUUAUAUGGGAAAUAAAUAAUAUUACAUAACUCUCGUCAUUCUUUAAUCGUAAAGUAUUAGAUUUAAACCAGAUCUUAGCAUUUUUACUGUUGUAACAGUUCGCGCGCUACUACGUCAUAUCGACAUGUGAUUAAAGCUAUAAAACCACGCUUGAAAAGCUAUUCAAUCAAUAAGCAUGUCUUAUAGCGUUCGUCUUUGAAACUUUGCACUAUCCUUGGAUCCCUAGUCUACUGCUGUGACAAUUCAAGUUCAUAUUGUAUAAAAAGGUCGCAGUGAAUGGAAUGGGGUCUUGAGGGCAAAAUAAAUGGCCUAUAUAAUAUAAUACAUGCAGUGUAUGAAAAUAAUACGCCUCACGGCGGAUCUACCGAGGAUGUAAUUCAAGUACAUAUGUGUCCAUUCAACAAUACUAUUAUGUGAAUUUUUUGUUGGUGCAAUGUACUCAGGUGAAUAUGAUGCUUGUGAUGUUACUCUGAGUGUAUAUCCACCCGGGCAAGGUUGAAAAAUAUGCCUGGUCAUGGUGGGAAUCGAACAUACGACCUUUGGAAUACUAGCCCAAUGCUAGUCCGAAAUAUCACAUACUCGAACCGACCUGACUGCGUAGCUCAGUUAGCAGAGCAUCGAGCUAGUAUUCCAAAGGUCAUAGGUUCGAUUCCCACUGUGGCCAUGCAGGCAUAGUUUUCAAGCUUGCCCGGUGUGGAUACACAUGCACUCAAGAGUAACAUCACAAGCAUUAUUCUAUUAUAUGAUUGGCCUCAAAUCUAAUUUUCUUGUUUUAAUAAAUAUUUCUGUGUAGUGUGCAGAAGACUAUGGAGGGCCCAGAAAGGAGUUUUUUAGACUCGUUCUAAAUGCUAUCAAAGACAAGUAUUUUGAUAAGGGUUUAAGAGAUCAUCUUUGUGAGGACUAUGAACCUGUUGGUAUUAUAAUGGGUAAGGACAUUGCUAGCAUUUUACCAGAAAACGAAUCAUUGGACCCUGGUCCUGUGCAAUAGUGAACUUUUUCUGUUACAUACAACUGAAAUACUAUUCCCCGGAUAGUUUUCAUUAAAAAACUAUAAAUGUUCAUGUAAGUUGGACUUCCGCUCUUUGACAUUAUUAAUACAUAUAUUUGAAAAAUACACACACACGUAAUGAGAUGUCCCAAGGGACAAUUGUUAGCGACCUGAAUUCGCAAUGGCCUAUACUGUAUAAAUUAUGUUUUUAUGAAUUAAUUUUAAAUGUUUUGGCUCGCCAGCGAAUUGCAUUGUCCUAUGAGACAUCGCAUAAAUUGGUUUUCCGCGUUUGGCGUCAUUAUAAGAAAAGUCGGGUAUGACUAAAGGGAGAGUUACCAACCGGAGAGUUAUCUCGGAGAGUUAUGAUUUCAGAGAGUUAUGUUUGAACCACGCCCACUUUCCCCAAUGACCACACCCAAUUUCUUCCGACGUUUCCUUGAACUAACAUGAGAGAGUUAUGUUUGACGUAACUCUCUCUCGUUAACAUUAUGGAGAUGUUAGAGAGUUGUUAGAUGUUAUAGCUCUCCGCGUUCAGGAUUGUGGCAAUAAAGAGAGUUAUGUCAGUUUUUUGAGAAAACCUUAGUAAAGCUUGUUUCUUCAGAUUUUCAUCUUAUAUUUUGGUAUUUCAGUUUGUAGCGUGUCAAUAGCGUGUGUCCAAACAGGAUCAAAACAAUGAGAUGCUACCCCUGAAGCAUGCUUUGACGUGUAUUUGGCAGUAAACACGGUAGCAUAGUUGCAAUUCAGGUUAUGGAAAUACUUUCCCAGCUCAGCCAGUAGGGCAUUACAUUGGAAAGGUUUUCUGGUUCUAUCUAAUACGAAAGCUGUAUCUGAAUGCUCAUGAGCUUUGUAGAUAAUCCAAGUGAUCAUGUAAUAAUUUAUGAUUUACUCGUACUCGCUUCACUUGGUUUGUACUAAAUUACUACCAGUUUCUACUAGCGUGAAAUGUUAAAGCUGAAACUUGAGAAAAAAGUAAAGUUCACAAUAAUUUACUAAAAUGUGGAAGUUUUUUCAAAUAACUGACAGGCAAAACAGUCUUCAUUGGCAUUGCCACAAUCGUGAACGCGGUGAGUUAUAAAAACUCUCUAACAUCUUCAUAAUGUUAACGAGAGAGAGUUACGUCAAACAUAACUCUCUCAUGUUAGUUCAAGGAAACAUCGGGAGAGUUAAGAAAUUGGGUGUGGUCGUUGGGAAAAGUGGGCGUGGUUUGGGCGUGGUUCGAACAUAACUCUCCGAAACCAUAACUCUCCAAGAUAACUCUCUACUUCAUAACUCUCCGUUUAGCCGGUCCCAGAAAAGUCUAUAGUGUAGAUAUUCAUGUUGGAAAUAUGAUUGACAAAAUUUUUGUUAUCGUUUCGUCCUGUUACAUUUAGGUCUCAGCAUCAUUCAGAACGGCAAGAUACCGCAGUUUAUGACUGAAGAGAUCAUCACUGAAGCCUUUGACAACUCUGAACUUCAGCCAUGCGUUGCUAAGCUUAGAGAUGGAUUUGCCAGAGUUGGAAUUUUUCAGGUUAUAAAUCAUUUUCUUCAUAAAAAUGUGGUUUCCUGUUGACAUAGAUAUCCCUAUAUACAGUAUCCUUGCAGCACUUGCUAAUUUCCUAACAACUGCCUUUUAAGAAUAUACUUAUGAUUUGUUUUAGAUGGUCAAACAUCUGCCUGUCCUGAAAAAUAUAUUCAAUCAAACGCCUCAGGCACUAACUGUGAAGAAAAUUGUACAUAUCUACCGCCCUCAGUUUAGCGAGGAAGGUUCAAACAACUUAACGCUUGAGAAAUCAAUAUAUUCUGCUUUUAUGAAAUACAUCAGAGAGGUGGCAAGUAAGAUUUCCAUUUUUGCCUUUUUACUAUAUGCUAUUGCUGUAUGCUGUUGUGCAUGCAUGGGUAUUUCUGUUGACAUCACUCUUAGCAGGACAUUUAGUAUUUUGGUGGAGGGCAUGCAGUGUUGUUUUUGGUUGGGUUUGAAAACAAUUUACUGCAUAUUCAUUUGCAGGGCUUUCAGAAUGAUUUUAGGUAAACGGUUGUUGUGUGAAAGUACAGUAAGCGGAUGAAAGAAUCAUUUUGCUAAUGUGCAGGGAUGAAUUUUUAUAAAUUAGCAACAUUUUAUCAACGGGUAAUCAUGCAGCUAAGUUUUAAUACUGCCAUGGAAAAAUGAACGGUUAAAGUUCUUGUAUAGACAAGAGAUGCGUUAAUCGUUAUUGAAAGCUUCAUGAAAACGGGUGAAAAAGCAAAGAAAUCUAUAACAAAAAUUACUCCUGCAUGCAUUUUGAUGUAUUUGUGGCCUCUUUUUCAUUUUUAGAUAAAAUCACUUCUAUAAUACUAUAUAGUAUAUGUUUGUUUUAGGUACUCUCUUGCCAUUAGUGAAAAUACAGAUUCAGAAGCGUUUUUUGGAAUAAGUCUUACACGUAAUCGAAUUGGUUUUAAAGUAUAACUUGCAGCGGCAAUCCUCCUAAUAUAGUAAUACGAGCCGGAGCUCUAUAGCGACCACCAGUUUACUUACUAUAGUCUAGGACCUGUAUAUAGAUAUUUGUAUAUGCGUUUCAUUUAGCACAGGUAAUCUUGACUGUUUAAGGGUAAAAUGACCAUGGCGGUCAACAUGGCAUAUGUGCCAAAACCUGAAUCCGGGGAGAAAGUCCUGAAAAUGAUCCCGAUUAAAAAUGAUAUCGAUUAAAUAUGAUGUAUAAACUGAGCUAUAAGUUAGUUAAUUUUGAUACAAGCGAACACCUCAAGUUCAAUAGCGAAAAAUGGACACAUGGCAGUCAUAAUUUUAAAUAUGUUUUACCUAAAAUAAAUGAAGACGUUUUUAAAUACUCUUUUUUCCCGAGAACAAUUAAAGAUUGGAACUCUUUAGACUUUACCAAGCAUUUUAUUCAAUGCGAACUCAUACGAGUCUUAUAAAUUGGAACUUGAGGACUUUUAUUCAAAGGCAAAGUAGUUAUAUAUCUACUUUUACCAUAUUUUUAAACUUAGGUUACUGAAAAUAUUAAUUAGUAGAGUUGGUGUGAUACCUAGCUUACACGGUCUUUACCGACUUAAUUGAUGUAGAUGUAUACGAGCUAUAAAGCAUUGAUUCGUAUUUACAUCGAUAAAACCUGUCAGGUGAUUUGUCACAGGCACAGACAUCAUCGAUCCGUUGCUAUUGUUUGCACUUAAAUACAGACAGUAUUUGGUUAUAUACCAAACGGUCUGUCAUGCCAAUGUAUAACCCGACGAUAUAACAAGACAGCUGCGGAUUGAGAGAGAUAACCUCACUAACUCCCCCGAUGAAUAGCAUAGCUCCGCUCGAAACGCCGAAGUUCUAUAAAAUUAUUCUGUAUUUAUUGGGUAGUUGUAUCUCAGCUCUCUUUUGGUUUAACAAACCCUGACAUUAGAUUUUCAGAAGCUCAUUCAGCCAUCUUUCGAUAUAAAUAUCCCUUUUGCCUUUGGUAGUUUGGGAAAACAUGCAUGUUACAAAUCUUGGCUAAUACUAUAAGCCCCAGCCGGUGUGAGCAGUAUGUGAGAACAAAGGUGUAAGUGUCAUGCAAUUAUGUUUUCCCGUUUCAGGUGGUAGGAGAGGCAAUCUGACGCUUGCACAUAUAUUGCAAUUUGGUACGGCGUGUGAUGAAGAACCAUUUCUUGGUUUUAUGCUGCAACCUACAUUAAGUUUUGUUGAGGUAUCCACAACUUUCUUGCCAUCUGCAAACACCUGCAUCAAUAGUAUGACGCUACCACGUCCGAGCAUAAAUGUUCAGCUUCCAGAUUUGCCAAAGCUCUUUGAUUUGUACGACUAUGCUUUUGUAAACACUUAUUUUGGAAAUAGGUAGUUAUAAAAAUAUUCUAAUAUAGAAACACCAAUGGCAAUUAUAAAUUGCUAGUUUGCAUGGUGCGUGUUGUUUUUCCUAUUCAUUUGUUAACUGUUGAAUGUUAUGAACUUGACAUUUGUUGACUGUUCUAAACAAACAGACAAACAAACAAAAAACAAAGUAUAUAUUUGAUAUUUAUCUUGAAUAUAAAAAAGCUGUAAAACCCUAAGCCAUAUUUACACGAUCAAAUUUUCUCUACAACAAAUUUUCUAUAACAAUGAGAACGUUUUUUGUCUACUGUACUGUCUAUUUCUACUGUAUCAUUUCCUAAAAAAAAACCAGCCAUCAAACACAUAUUUAUCGAAUAUAAUUAGUUUAUGAUUAAGUAAAUGGGCUUGAGGGGUGUGAACUAACUUAUUAUAGUUGAACAAUUGAUUUUUAUAAUAGUGAAGUUAUUGAUGUUAUGUUUUCAGUUAUUCUUGUACUCUUCAUUGUUAAAUACACGUGGAAGAAUGGUAGUAUACACGUGGAAAGGAUAAUAAAUAUAGUUCUUUCAACUUUUCAAGUCUUGCGUAUAUAUAUAUAUAUAUAUAUAUAUAUAUAUAUAUAUAUAUAUAUAUAUAUAUAUAUAUAUAUAUAUAUAUAUAUAUAUAUAUAUAUAUAUAUAUAUAUAUGUAUUUUUCAUGAGUGAAACUGAAGCAAUCUGAUUGGCUGAGGAGCCUUUCACAGCGGGACGUUUUUUUCCGGGCAUCCGGCCCGCUCUGAAACGCAACUGCCCGCUGUGAAAUGCAACUACAUGCCCGCUCUGGUUGUCGCAGCAAAAAGGGAGGACUGAAACAAUUUAAUACAGUCAUCAUUCAAUAACAACAGAAGAGAAAUCAGGUCGUCUGAUCCCAAUCAUCUGUCAUUUACACCGGCAAAAUGCAAGACCACUACCUACCAAAGGUCAUUACUCAACCGAACACAGAGAUUAUGGAACGUACUACCAAAGAGUUUGACAAGCAAUAACAGUUUAGGACAAUUCAAAAACGGACUUUCCAAGUUAAUAAAACAAGUUAGCGCUGGAAGACGUUUUUGACGUUGAUGAUCCAAGGACAUGGAAAUCUAUAUGUUUGUCUUGUAACAAGUCUUGUAAUCUGUCCUGUCAAAUAUCGUGUUGUUAUUAGAUUUGUGUUCGUUGACGUAUAAGUAUUAGCAUAGUUCAUGGGGACGCUGUAAUUGGUGAAAACUGUUGCGUGCACCCUAACCUGAAGUUCAGGGAAGGCUGGCCCUACUAGGCGAGAUCCCGCGUGCUAUUUGAAAUCCUUAUUAAAAAAUGUUUACGUUUACAUGAGAAGAGGGCCAGCCCUCCUAGGCGAGAUCUCGCUAUUGUUGACCCGAGAUCUCGCCUAGUAGGGCUGCAAUUUUCUCAUAUAAACGCAGUAGAGAGGGCUAGCCCUCCUAGUAGGGCUGAAUGAAAAAGCCGUCGAAUCGAUUUUAGACUAAACUCUUUGAAGCUUUUUUUGUUUUAAGGAUGUAGUUCUAAACGGAUAUUCAAAUGUCUGUUGGCUUUUAGGCCAUAUAAAAAAAAUAGUUGGUUAGCGUCCUUAGCUUUUGCCAAAAAGUGGGCGGGCGGGCGCUUUUUUUUAAAUUUUUUACUAAUUUUUAACGCCUUGAUUUUACUCACUGUUAGGUCCGAAACUGGAUUUUCUUGCGCGGUACAGAUAUUUUUUUAUAUAUUUCAAAAUAUAAUUCAUACCGUCAUUUUCGCACGCAAUUUCGCAAAUUAUUAACACAAUUGACUACAGUCAACAGAAAUACUACAUAUAUUAGAGCCCGUUGAUCAAUAAAAGUCUUUUUUUUUUAAAUAAAAAAUUUAAAAAAAUCCUGAGCGGGGCCUUUUUUGUGGGUGGGCGGGGACGCUAACCAACUAUUUUUUUUUAUGUGGCCUUAUUCAAAAAUUUAGUCGGCAAACUAUGAUUUUGGGCGCCAAAAUAAAAUAAUGAGUCGCACGGAAGCCAUUUAAGUGCUACUUGCGAAAGGAAUCAUACAAUAUGAUUGACAAGUGUUAUAGAUUUCAUUAUCACCGCAUAUAAUGAUAAAAGCACCGCAUAUAAUGAUAAAAGCACCCAAUAUAAUGACUAAAGCACCCAAUAUAAUGACGAAAGCACCCAAUGAAAUGACAUAAGCACCCAAUAUAAUGACUAAAGUACCCAAUAUAAUGAUAAAAGUACCCAAUAUAAUGACAUAAGCAUCCAAUAUAAUGACUAAAGCACCCAAUAUAAUGAUAAAAGCACCCAAUAUAAUGACGAAAGUACCCAAUAUAAUGAUAAAAGCACCGCAUAUAAUGAUAAAAGCACCCAAUAUAAUGACUAAAGCACCCAAUAUAAUGACGAAAGCACCCAAUGAAAUGACAUAAGCACCCAAUAUAAUGACUAAAGUACCCAAUAUAAUGAUAAAAGUACCCAAUAUAAUGACAUAAGCACCCAAUAUAAUGACUAAAGCACCCAAUAUAAUGACAAAAGCACCCAAUAUAAUGACAUAAGCACCCAAUAUAAUGACUAAAGUACCCAAUAUAAUGACAAAAGCACCCAAUAUAAUGACAUAAGCACCCAAUAUAAUGACGAAAGUACCCAAUAUAAUGACACAAGCACCCAAUAUAAUGACAUAAGCACCCAAUAUAAUGUCUAAAGUACCCAAUAUAAUGAUAAAAGCACCCAAUAUAAUGAGUAACACACCCAAUAUAAUGACGAAAGCACCCAAUGAAAUGAGAUAAGCACCCAAUAUAAUGAUAAAAGCACUCAAUAUAAUGACGAAAGCUUAAAGCACCCAAUAUAAUGAUAAAAGCACCGCAUAUAAUGAUGAAAGCACCACAUAUAAUGACGAAAGCACCGCAUAUAAUGACAUAAGCACCGCAUAUAAUGACAUAAGCACCGCAUAUAAUGACGGAAGCACCGCAUAUAACGAUAAAAGCACCCAAUAUAAUGACGAAAGCACCGCAUAUAAUGAUAAAAGCACCGCAUAUAAGGACGAAAGCACCCAAUAUAAUAACGAAAACACCCAAUAUAAUGACGAAAACACCCAAUAUACAGGUAAAAGCAAAUCAUGCGAAGAAUAUUGAUAACAUAAGGCAGCCAUGGCUUUCCAUAUUAAAGACUUAUUCAUCAAUGUUGGAAUGUCAAAGAGUUGACAUAUUGUCAAGUUCAAGAAGUCUUUAUUGAACUUCAGAGUCAGUCAGCAGAAAGUGGAAGUUUAUUAACAAAGGAAUCGAAUACCACAGAAAAAGUUAUUAAUACCCUGAAAAUGAAAUCUCAGUCAAAAGUACGUAUUCUUUCAAUAAAUUUUGUAAAGACUGUAAAUUAUAAUAAUGAUGCUUUAUAAUAUAAUAUAAUAUAAUUUAUAUUUAAUUAUUAUAAAUAGAAGCUGCUAUCACAAUGACCUUCCAUUUUAUUUGUUUUUUAUAAUAAAAAGCGGGUUUAAUUAAUAGAAAAAAGGUAGCAGCUAAUAGCCAAUGUGCCUGUAGGUAUGGAUGGAUCCAGCCUGACCUGGCAGGGGGGUGCUAAGCAGGGGGGCUCAGGUCAUAAAACAGGAUGUAAUUGUUGAUUAAGCGAGAGUGCAUCAUCACUGAGGACCCGCUGCAGGGGCGAUUGUCUGAAAAUUUUUGAAAACUAGAAUUGCCUAGAUGGUCAAAAGGGGGCCCAAUGGGCCAAUAUUGUGUUUUUGCUUGAUACAUGCCUUGCCAAAUCCAACAUUUGGAUUUCAUAUGGAAAUUGGCACUCCUCUUUGGUCAAGGCUAGGGGGUGAGCACCCCCAGACCCCCCAGUAAGUCCAUACCUGUCUAUAGGGCCAUGACCUUGUCCAUGACCUUGUCCAUGACCUUGCUAUUAAUAUUAAUUAUUAACAAAACUUGGGACUAAAAACCUCUGAGAUUAUAUUAGUUGUACUGGGGCUGGUUGUUUGAAAGGUGGAUAGCACUAUCCACCGGAUAGCGAUUUUUUCAAGCUUUGUUAAAUCAGUCGUUGAUUGGUAUAACUUGUAUUUAACGUUUACUAUUUUUAAGUUAAAUGUUUUUUCUACUUCUUGUGCUGUCUAUAUCCGUAGUUUCGCAGUUUUUCAAGCAUUUUACAAAGGUUGAAAAAAUCACUAUCCGGUGGAUAGCGCUAUCCAACCAUGGAACAACCGGCCCCUGUACUGUCUUGGCUAGUCUGGUCAACUUGAUCUGAACCAUGUAAACCGUAUUCUCCUUCUAUACUGUAUAUUAAAUAAUGGAUUUUCAUUAAUAUUUACUUUUCAGCUUUGAAACUUGUAAACGGUCGCUUGGUGUUUGCAAAAGAGUGUGGCAUAAGCCAAAAGAAAAGUUCUAACCCAUGGGAGUGCUUUCUUAUUCCUAAUGCUCACUCCAAGAGACUGUUGUUCUUUAAUGACAUCACAAAGGAUAUCUACAAUUCUACCUUUAUAAAGCUUCAGUCACGCUUCAAACAAUAUCUGGAUCAGCAGCGAAUUUUCCGUUGGGAGGUGAGAAUUUGAAGCAUGGGCAAGUUUAAAUAAUAAUUAUAUAUAUAUUAUAUAUAUAUUAUAUAUAUAUAUAUAUAUAUAUAUAUAUAUAUAUAUAUAUAGAUAUAUAUAUAUAUAUAUAUAUAUAUAUAUAUAUAUAUAUAUAUAUAUAUUAUUAGUGUAGACUAAGACAUGAUAUCUGAAGAUAAUUUAAUAAAACCUAAACCUAUUUACGAUAAAAGUUACUCGAGUUUCACGCACAAAGGCGAUCAUCAGACUAAAGUGCUUUUACGGUGGAUUGUAAUUAUAAGCGUAAAAUUUCCUUUCGUGACAACACUUAGCUAUUAAUUCUGAUCUUUUAUUCAGUAGUGAUUGUUUAUCUGCAUAUAAAAUGCAGAUUUUCUCGGAUAGGCACAAGUUACAUAUCUUUCCUCCACUCCUAUAAGCAUUUGCACGCUUAAGGAUUUUCCACUCGAUUGCGUAAGCUGUGUCGGAUUCCUUUAAUUCCCAGAUGAACUUCGAGAGCGUUGUACUUCCAGCGUGCUCAACAUUGUUGAAGGAUGAUUUGUGGUUUCGGUACCGCGUUUUGAUGUAUAUGUCCUAUGUAUAUUUUAGGUGGCUGGUUCGAUGGGGUCACUGUAGCUUGGUAUACAAUGCUCUUUGUCUUGCAUGCAUUGUUUAAUGGGCAGUUCUUCUCGUCUUGGCAAUUACAUUGACUAUUAACGUCAUUUGUCGGGCUGGGUUUGAGAAUUUUAGCAUUAUGUUGCUUGAUUAUAGAUUCUAUGUUAUCCAUGCAGCUAUAACUUACUUUACAGCUAUUUCUGUUAAAGACUGGCCGUAGCUGGUGGCCUAUUGGGAAAUGCUUGUCUAUUAAUUGCAGGAAAUGCAUGCCGACGUUCGUUCGGACAUUCAUGCUGUACGGCGGGUUGAACCAUAAUAUAUUCCUUCUGCGGUUCCUGCGAGGGGAUGAUGGUUGGGAAUAUUCUAGUUUGCUGGUAAACCCACUACAUUGAAGGGCGCUAUCGUAGGUGGGGGCUGCUCUAGCGAAUUCUUCGGGGUUGCAUGAAAGCGACGAAACCCUCUUGGAUAUAGUCGAUGGUAGCUGCUUAAGUAUGGGAGGUGGAUGGUUCGAUUGAGAAUUGAUGUAUGAUGGCGGGUCAUCUGGUUUCCUAUAUGGCACGUAUUUGCCAUUGGAUAGAUUUAGGGUGACGUCUAGAAAGUUGACCACAUAUAGAUUGGCUUGAGCCGUUAUUCUUAAUCCCAAUUCUGCAAAAACUUCGCAGAACCGCUUGCGGAUUCUGUCUCCUGUUCUAGGGCGCGC